UAUUGUUACUGUUUAUAUAUGUAUAUUUAUUCUAACCUUGAUGUUGAACCCAAUUAGAUGAUUUACACCAAUUUAUCUUUAAUUUUAUUUUUUAUUUCAAUUAAUUUUUAGAUCAUUUUAAUUUAAUUAACUUUUAAAGUGUUCCAUUUUGGUUUAAAAUGGAUGAAAACACUGAAAAGAAUGAGUUUGACACAAUGGAUGUUGAUAAUACUGAUAAUUUAAACACAAAUGAUCCUGAACCUGGUAAUUCUAAUGAACCGCCCACUGCCAUUGACGAUUCAAAUAAAACUGAUAAUCUUGAUACUAUUUUUAAUGUUGAAAAUGAUUUAAAUUUCACUCCUGACGAUUUUAAUAACACAAAUGAGUAUUUUAAUAACACAAAUGAAGAUUUUAAUGACACUGUUGACCAUUUAAAUAACACUGUUGACCAUUUAAAUAGUACAGAUGAUAAUUUUAAUAUCGAUAAUGUUGAUAAUUAUCCAAAUUUUAAUGUUACACAGACGGUUACUGAUACAGUACCUAAUGAAGAUAAUAUGGUUGGAUUAUUCGAAGAUAGUGAUGACAAUGGUGACGACUUUGCCAGGACAGACGUUGCGACUCAGUCUCCAACAAGGCUUGAAGUUGAUCCUUCAGGACAGGACCAGUCUCCACUUUAUGAAAACGAAUUCAUAACCGCUACGCUUCCCUUACUUCCAAGGCCUGAUCGUCCUGAAAACUUAGUUAUAUGUAAGUUUCCGCCUACUUUGAUGGUUUCCGACGUGAAUGAAAUUCGAAGUUUUCUCAAAUCAAACCCUCACAUCUUAGAUCAUCCUCCUAACCCAAAUAAUCUUUCAGUACUACUGUAUGAUAUGAAAAAUAAGAGUAAUGACUCUUCUGAUGACAAAGAUUCAGAAAAUAAUCCACCGGUUUCAAGCAAUGGUAACAUAGUACUUUGGGAUGAUGGUACUGUGACAUUAUUUAUCGGAACAGUACCGCUUGACGUUGAGUUUCAGUCUGAGCUUUCAUUUCUGUUUGAGGACUCCAAUUUUGAUUUAAAACCAGUCCACGCUGAAGUUGACACUAGACUCCAAACCCGUUUCUCAAACCUACUCAAAAACAAGAUGAUUAAGCAGAGACACACUAAACGUCAGAAAAUGGAAGUUACUUUUCUAUCUGAUGCCAUACAAUCGCAAUACAAACUCCAAGAGAAUCUGAUCAAGGAGAAUGAACGUCAGAGGAAAAUGCAUAACAAGCCACGUAGGGGAUUAACAAAAUCCUUUUUGGAGUCUUCAUAAUAACAUGAUCGUUCUUAUUGAGAUGAUUACUAAUGAUAAGUAAUUGUGAUAAAUUAAA